GUGAGGCGUCGCAGCGUCGCAGCACACCUGCAAGUGCAGUCGGGGCGUGGCCGUCGCAGUGUCCGUGACCGCCGAGGACAAGGCCCCCGUCACCAGGACGGACGGGCUGCAUAACCGCCAACUCCAGGCAGUGCAGCCGGCGCCAUGGCGGGCAUGCUGUUCGUGGUGUGCGUGCCCACGGCCGAGCGGGAGUACGAGCUGGUGCACGGGCUGCCGCCCCCGGGGGGCAGGGGCCCCCUCAUCAACCUGGACGGUCCCGCCGUGGCGCGCGUCGACCCCGUGCAGACCCGCGGCCCGCGCAAGACCGUCAACCCGGACUCGGUGCCCAUGGAGCGGGUGCUGGAGGGGCUGCUCAAGAAGCUGGAGAUAGAGCACGUGGUUUGGUGCGCCGAUAAGAAGAGCAGCUAUUACCAGGUCUUCUUCCCCGUGGCGGCUGGCGACGACACCGAGAACUGCCUCCAUUCCCUGACGGAGCUGAAAAUAGGCAAGAAACACAACUCCGCAGUGAGCGUCGUGCCAUGCAACGUAUUUAUGCAGGGCUUCGAGUCGGCGGAGGACGAGGAGGAGGUGGACCCAUCCGACAAGAAGGCGUGGGACAGCUUCGUGGACUCGGUGCGCGCCAAGCUCACCGUCAAGCAGGUGGUGGACGGCGUGCGCGGGGGCGCCACCCUCAGCUUCGACUACAUCACGCUCAUCCUCACCGCCGACAUGGUCGCCGUGAUCGGCCUCAUGGAGAGCAGCGCCGUCAACAUCGUCGCCGCCAUGCUCAUCUCGCCCCUCAUGGGCCCCGUCAUGGCGCUGACCUUCGGCACGGCCAUCGCGGACCGCAGCCUGCAGUGGGUGGGCGUCAAGGGGCUGCUGGCGGGCGCCAGCAUCUCGCUCGUGUUCGGCUUCAUCUUCGGGCUGCUCGUCGGCACCACGGACCAUCCCUGGGGCUACGGCAACUGGCCCACGGACGAGAUGAUCGGCAGAGGCUUCUACCGCUCGCUGUGGAUCGGCGUGCUGUGGGCGCUCCCCUCCGGGACGGGUGUUGCCCUGGCACUGCUGCAGGGCAUGGCCGGGCCCCUCAUCGGCGUGGCUAUCUCGGCCUCGCUGCUGCCGCCCAUCGUCAACUGCGGCUUGCUGUGGGGACUGACGUGCACCAAGCUCAUCUACGGCGACAAGAUGAAGAUUCCCCACAUAGCGGGCGAGUCCUUCACGAACAUGACGACCAACUACCAGCCCAUCUACUCGGACCACGUCCCCACCGAGCUCACCAUCCUGGGCAUCAUCAGCUUUUGCCUGUUCCUGGUCAACGUCGGCUGCAUCUUUAUCACCGCCAUGAUCGUCUUGAAGCUGAAGGAGGUGGCCGCGCCCUACACAUCGGGACCUGACCUGCGGCGCUUCUGGGAGCACGACAUCCCCAUCGCGAGGGACAACAACCGCAUGUCCAUGCGGCAGAACAAGGGCCGGCGAGCCGCGCCCGCCUCCAGGCACAGCCGCGCCAUGGAGUACAGCUCCAUCCCGCAGGAGGAGAUGGAGACCCUGGAGGUGGCCAUGCGCGAAGCCAUGGACGACGACGUGUUCCGGAGGGUGAAGCGCUGCAGCUACGCGCACAACGCGUCGGAUCUCUCCGCCACGCUGGGCAUCCACGCGCCCGUCGCGGCCAGCAGCCGCCCCGGCAGCGUCAUCGGUGGCCUGCCUCCCGGCGCGGCCUCGGCCUCGGCCGGGCUGGACCCCGAGAUCCUGGACCAGCUCAUCACGUCGCUGCUCGGCGUGCAGGCCGCCAACAAGGCGGCCGGCCACGGCAUGGCCACGGCAUUGUCCCACUAA